GUUUUCUUUUUGCCUCUCAGUUCAAGAAGAAAGCGAUACUUGCUCUCUCUAACGUCCACUUUCACGAAUUGCUCGAUUUCAUUCUCGUUUCUUUCGAUUCUUCAGCUUAAUCGGGCGCUAGUUUGAGAUUCCGAUGGCUCCAGCUCCGGAUCCGAAUAGCAGCGUUGGUGGUGGUGGUGGUGCGAAGCGAGAUCAAGCUUCGACGAAGGUUAAGGCUCCCAAGAAGAAGGAGGAAGAUCUCUCUGAGGAGGACUUGGAACUAAAGCAGAAUCUGGAGCUCUAUGUUAAGAGGGUUCAAGACCCCAAUCCUGAGUUGCAGAAGACCGCUCUUGAAAGCAUGAGCCAAGAAAUCCGUGCGUCAACAAGCUCCAUGACGUCAGUUCCUAUGCCUCUCAAGUUCCUCCGUCCUCAUUAUGGAACUCUUAAGGAUUGUCAUCAGAAAAUGGCUGAGUCUGAUCUCAAGAAAUUGCUGGCUGAUAUACUCUCUGUCCUGGCACUGACCAUGUCUGCUGAGGGUGAAAGGGAAAGUUUGGGUUAUAGGUUGGCUGGAUCAGGAGGUGACAUCGGAUCGUGGGGUCACGAGUAUGUCAGGAAUUUGGCCGGAGAGGUUGCAGUAGAGUAUACCAUACGUCAGGUUCAGGAGUCCUCUAUGAUGGACUUAAUGGAUCUUGUGCGGCAAAUAGUUGCUUUUCACAUGAAGCAUAAUGCAGAAACUGAAGCUGUUGACCUCUUAAUGGAAGUUGAGGAUCUUGAUCCCUUACUUGACCAUGUAGGCCGCACAAAUUUCAGGAGGACGUGCAACUAUCUCACCAGUGCAGCAAAGUAUCGUCCAUGGCCGGAUGACAUGGUGGCUUUAGAUAUUGCUUACAUGAUCUACAUGAAGUUUAAAGCAUAUCCAAACGCUCUGCAAAUUGCACUAUUGCUUGAUAACAUGCAGUAUGUGAAGAAAGUGUUUACUUCAUGCACUAAUCUACUAAGAAAGAAACAGUUCUGCUACAUGAUUUCACGUCAUGGGAUCACCUUUAACCUUGACCCGGAGAUGGUUGAAGAUAAGGAUGACAGAUCAAUGUUACAGGAAAUUGUUAACAACAUUAAGUUGAAUGAAGGAUAUCUGACCCUUGCAAGGGAUAUUGACGUUAUGGAGGCCAAGAGGCCUGAAGACAUCUACAAGGCUCACUUGCUUAACGUUAGGUCUGGCCCAGUUGUGGAAUCUGCUAAACAAAACCUGGCUGCGACUUUUGUGAAUGCAUUUGUAAAUGCUGGGUUCGGCCAGGACAAAUUAAUGGCAGGCACAUCAGACUCAACCAGUGGAUCUGCUGGAAACUGGAUCUUCAGAAAUAAAGACGAUGGCAAGACCAGUGCAACUGCGAGUCUGGGUAUGAUUUACUUGUGGGAUGUGGAAGGCGGACUUGCUCAACUCGACAAAUAUUACGAUAUCAGUGAUAAACCUGUGAGGGCUGGAGCUCUGCUGGGUGUUGGGAUUGUUAAUUGUGGCAUUAAGAGUGAUUGUGAUCCUGCAUUGGCCCUUAUUGGAGAGUAUACUGAUAACGAGGAUUCAUCUGUCCGUAUUGGUGCUAUUAUGGGUAUCGGGAUUGCUUAUGCGGGUUCCCAAAAUGAUCAGAUAAAAAGCAGCUUGUCUCCAAUACUGAAUGAUGAAAAAGCACCUCUUGAUGUGGUUGCAUUUGCCGCACUUAGUUUGGGGAUGGUUUAUGUUGGUUCGUGUAAUGACGAGGUUGCACAAUCUAUUAUGUUUGCUUUGAUGGAUCGGAAUUCGGCAGAACCGGGUGAAGCCCUCGUUCGAUUCUUGCCUCUUGGUCUUGGACUUUUGUACCUUGGCAAACAGGAAAGUGUAGAGGCUACCGCAGAGAUUUCAAAGACCUUAUGUGAGAAAAUCAGAAAUUAUUGUAAAAUGACACUACUUUCCUGUGCCUAUGCUGGCACUGGGAAUGUCCUUAAGGUCCAAGAGCUUCUGGCUCAGUGUGGAGAGCAUCCGGAGAAAGAUACUAUCCACCAGGGUCCAGCUGUGCUUGGAGUUGCGAUGAUUGCUAUGUCUGAAGAGUUGGGUCGUGAUAUGGCGAUUCGUUCUCUGGAGCACGUGUUACAGUAUGGAGAACAAAACAUUCGGCGUGCAGUGCCGUUGGCCCUUGGUCUCCUGUGUAUAUCAAACCCAAAGAUGAAUGUUAUGGAUACAUUGAGCCGGCUUAGCCAUGACACAGAUUCAGAAGUUGCCAUGACCGCAACUAUUUCCCUUGGUUUGAUCGGUGCUGGAACCAAUAAUGCUAGGAUUGCUGGCAUGCUUAGAAACCUCUCCAGCUAUAAUGAGCAGCAUGCCCGCCUUCUCUUCUGUGUGCGUAUUGCUCAAGGACUGUUGCAUAUGGGAAAGGGACUCUUAACUCUCAAUCCCUUCCACUCCGACCGGGUCUUGCUAUCCCCAACCGCACUUGCUGGUAUAGUGACAUUGUUGCAUGCAUGCCUUGACAUGAAAUCCAUCAUACUGGGGAAAUACCAUUAUGUGCUCUACUUCCUCGCUUUGGCGAUGCAGCCAAGGAUGAUGCUGACGGUGGACGAGAACCUGAAGCCCAUCUCGGUGCCAGUGAGGGUCGGACAAGCGGUUGACGUGGUUGGACAGGCAGGUCGACCCAGGACAAUCACUGGGUUUCAAACAUAUGAAACACCUGUUCUACUUGCUGCUGGGGAGAGAGCCGAACUCGCAACCGACAAGUACAUUCCAUUGUCUCCCAUACUAGAAGGUUUCGUCAUAUUGAGAGAAAAUCCAAACUACAGAGAGGAAUGAAUCCGAAGAUUGAAGUUCCGAAGCAUUUGGAUACUCUUAGGAACAGCUUAUAUGGUUUCAUGUGCAUAAUAGAAUAGAAAAUGGUUUAGUUGACAAAUUCAUUUUGUUAAAUCGCUUAUUACGCACUUAACUCAUUCUAUAGUUGAUAUAAAAAAGGAAUUAACCUGCUAUGAACUCGCUCUA